AUGCUCGUUAGCGAUCCGUGGUUGUGGACAGUGGAUGAGCUCGUUGCAGAAACAUGCCACUCAGACGUGCUGUAUAAAGCUGGAGGUUACUCCGCUGCACAUACUCCCGACCCUGCGACGCUCGAAAGACAGAUUCGUAGUCGCCAAUUGACAGGUAAAAGAUUUCUCACCGCCCUCGACGAAUUCUCACUUGUGGGGAGGAACGAUCUCAAUAUACCUAGUUUGGGUCAACGAGUGGCACUGAUGUCAGUUGUCGAGUUACUUCGACAUCGAUCCUAUCUGUACAAACAGCGCGCAGCCACUGCGGGUGUUGAUUCACUUGUCAUAAACAGCACAGACCCUUCGCCAUCUGUACGUUCAACUGGAAUCUCCGACCAUGUUGCCGUUGCAGAAGAAGCAGGUAGCAAGCGGCGGAAGAUCACCCAUCUUUCAACAGCGCCACUGCGCAAUGUGCCUUCAGAUUCUCAAGCACCCUCAAAUACGGCAACCAUCACACCUUCGCAGCGAGAAGUAUCCAAUAUCGACGACUAUAGUUAUUUGUUAAGAUGGCAAAACGUUGCUGGGGGUGACCAGAUCAUAGACUCACCUGACGCGGACGAUCUGGAAGAUGAGGACAAUGCCGGGCUGGGGGACGCAGCCGAGGAGGAUCCGCAAUCAGUUGAGGAUCAGCAAGACGAUGUAGUCGAAGAAUCGAAUAAGAGGACCAAACUGACCCAGGACGAGAUUGUUGAGAUCAUCAACGAGCGAAUCGAGUUUUACACAAAUUCUUGGAAACCGAACAAAGGCGCUGCCCGUGGCGAAGAGGUGGACCACGAUCCGGAAACCAUGUGGAACGAGGCUAAAGCGAAAGGAGAGCGAGAGGCGCUUGCACAGACGUAUGAGACAGAUCACGAAUAUUUCAGUCAAAGACUAGACAGGCUGUGUGAAGAAAUUUUAAAGUUUCCAGGAAGCAAUGCGGAGCAGGUACGGCGACAAUGCAGCAACCUCGAAGUCACCGUCAACUCUAUGGAGCUAGCGGUUUGGUUGCGUGAUAUAUACAAAUUGGAACCCGUCAACGAAAGCGACGAAGAGCACAUAUUGAGCAACCAAGGCAUUGGUACUACGGGCGAUCGACUAAGACUACGACAAAGCAUAAAGGCUCCCCAAGUCAAGCAGGCCAAUGAGAUCAUUGACCUAGGUUCACCAUCAGGGUCAUCAGAUAUUGAUGACAGAAACGUAUCGCCUUUUAACAACGACAUCGGGGCUGCAGCUAAUCCAAUUGAAGUCGAGUUCAACAACUGGACACGAUCAUCUACACGAGACUCAGUCAUCGCUGACAGCGUAGAGCCAGUCGUAUACGCACACCCAGGGCUUCUUGAACCAGACGGCGGCGAUUUGCCCACACAUACACCUAUUAAUCAUGGAGAUGAACCUGAGAGCUCUUCAAUCGCUACAGUUCGCCGCUGGAAAUGGGGAGAUCUAAUCGAACAUCUCGACCGCAAGCGCGUUGUCUCCAAGACCAUCCUGGAACUGAGAUUCGACGACCGCGAAGUGAUCCGUAGUCGAAUUCGACUUGUUGGCAAGAUCAGUCUUAUCAAAGAGGUGAGAGCAUGCAUCGACAUGUUAUGCAAGGGAGAGACAAAACUGCAAGGCGUCCUUCCUCGAGACAUGCCCAAAAUCCUCACGUUCACCAAGCUGUUUCUGUCGUGGUGGUUUUGCAGCAAUUACUCCCAUGGGCUCGAAGCAUCGAAGAAAGACCUUGAAGAGCUAAAGGAAUGUAUGGAUAGCGGAGCCGCCGAGACUAGCACCUUCUACGACUAUGUGAAUACGAUAAUGGGAACGACUUUUAGUGAACAAGCUCUACAACAUCCUGACCAGCCAUCUCAGGCCGAGAUCAUCGAAAUAUCGGACGAUGACUGA